GUGAACAUGAGCUUAUGCAUCUUAGGCAUUAUUGUGAUGGCGAGCACCAAUUCCCUGAUGUGGACCUUCUUCAGUCGGGGCCUCAGUUUCUCCAUGUCUUCAGCCAUUGCAUCUGUCACAGUGACUUUUUCAAACAUCCUCAGCUCAGCUUUCCUGGGCUACGUGCUGUAUGGAGAGUGCCAGGAAGUCCUGUGGUGGGGAGGAGUGUUCCUCAUUCUCUGUGGGCUCACCCUGAUCCACAGGAAGCUCCCGCCCACCUGGAAGGCUCUUCCACACAAGCAGCAGUGACACCAGCUGGCAGGACGAAGAGCUGAUAAGGCCACCAUGGUGCCCAGCCUUGGGUUGGUGUGCAGAAUUGCUUCCAGGGGGACCUGGGUAUGCAGCCUUCUUACGGUUGGCCGUGGGGUGAUGCCAGACCAGGCAGGUCUUCGGGCCAGCCCUGCUCCCAAAGGAACAAGCCUCCGAUCUCCAAGCCCUGAGUGCAGAAACUGUGGCUUCUGUGAGGAGGAGAGGCAGUGUGGCAGUGCUCUUUUGGAGGUGUCCUCAGUCAUCUGCGUAAAGUUUUGAUUCUCAUGUUCCUGAGCCCGGGCGGAUGCUGAGCUCCUGGGUUGCUCAGCUUCAUGUAUGGUGCCUGAAAUCACACUGUAACUAUAGUCCUGUUGUCCAAGGCCGUCACAAACCUCUAGUGUCAGUGACUGGUGGGGCUUUCUGACAACUCCGUGCUGACUUAUAGGCCAUCUAUGUCAUGCUUAUGUAUUAUGGCAAGCAAAAGGAAA